CAUCCUCGCUGCCCCGAGACCGACCGCCUCCCAGCCCGUCCUCCUAUCACGUGACGGCGGUGCAGGUGAGCAAUACUUCCGGAGGCGGGCGCUAUCAUCGCGGCUCCUAGCUCGAGCUCCGGCUCCGGCAGGUUCGCGGGGGUCAAGCUAUGGCGUCCUCUUCUGCCUCGUCGGCCACCGUACCGGCGGCGGCGGCAGCGGGCCCCGGCCCGGGUUUCGGCUUCGCCUCCAAGACCAAGAAGAAGCAUUUCGUGCAGCAGAAGGUGAAGGUGUUCCGGGCCGCUGACCCGCUCGUGGGCGUGUUCCUGUGGGGCGUCGCCCACUCGAUCAAUGAGCUUAGCCAGGUCCCACCCCCUGUAAUGCUGCUUCCAGAUGACUUUAAGGCUAGCUCCAAGAUCAAAGUCAACAAUCACCUCUUCCACAGGGAGAACCUGCCUAGUCACUUCAAGUUCAAGGAGUAUUGUCCCCAGGUCUUCAGGAACCUUCGAGAUCGAUUCGGUAUUGAUGACCAAGACUACCAGGUUUCUCUUACCCGAAGUCCCCCAAGUGAGAGUGAAGGCAGUGAUGGGCGAUUCCUUGUGUCCUAUGAUCGAACUCUGGUCAUCAAAGAGGUUUCUAGUGAGGACAUUGCUGACAUGCAUAGCAACCUCUCUAACUACCACCAGUAUAUAGUCAAGUGUCAUGGCAACACGCUGCUCCCCCAGUUCCUGGGAAUGUACCGGGUGAGCGUUGACAAUGAAGACAGCUACAUGCUCGUAAUGCGAAACAUGUUCAGCCACCGGCUCCCUGUGCACAGGAAGUAUGAUCUCAAGGGUUCCUUGGUAUCCCGGGAAGCCAGUGAUAAGGAAAAGGUUAAAGAAUUGCCCACACUGAAGGAUAUGGAUUUUCUCAACAAGAACCAGAAAGUUUAUAUUGGUGAGGAGGAGAAGAAAGUAUUUUUGGAAAAGCUAAAGAGAGAUGUGGAGUUUUUGGUACAGCUGAAGAUUAUGGACUACAGCCUCCUAUUGGGUAUCCAUGACAUUGUUCGGGGGACAGAACCAGAAGAAGAAGGACCUGGGAGAGAGGAGGAACCUGAAGGGGAGGGGGACUGUGGUAUGGCAGGGCCUCCAGCUUUGGUUGGCUCCUGUGGUACCUCCCCUGAGGGAAUCGGAGGCUAUAUCCACGCUCACCGACCCUUAGGUCCUGGCGAGUUUGAGUCCUUCAUUGAUGUCUAUGCCAUCCGAAGUGCUGAAGGGGCCCCUCAGAAAGAGGUAUAUUUCAUGGGCCUCAUUGACAUCCUGACCCAGUAUGAUGCCAAGAAGAAGGCAGCUCAUGCAGCAAAGACUGUCAAGCAUGGGGCUGGCGCAGAGAUUUCUACUGUCCAUCCUGAUCAAUAUGCGAAGCGGUUUCUAGAUUUCAUCACCAACAUCUUUGCCUAGGAGACUGAUUGGCACUCUAUGACGCCUCCUUUGACUUGGGUCGGGGAGGAAGAAGUGACAGGGCUGUAGGGGGAAUACUGGAAUUAGGGGUGUCCUCUUACUUAGCUAAGUCCAGGUUGCCUCUCCCUACUCCCAGAGUGAUGUCUUCCCUGCAUCUUGUCCUAGCCGCACCACACCCAGAGUCAGCUUCAUUAGAGUUUUAUUGGGGACUUUUUUUUUCCUCCCAAGUGCCUUGAUCUUUGUAAAAAUGUCGUGUUAUUUUUGUAAAAUAGGAGGAGCUGGAUUGGUUGGGGGGGGAGGUAUCUUCUGACCCUGGCAGGACCAAUGAUUCUGGUUCUAGGUGUUGCUCUAACCUAGAAAGCUUGAGCCAGCCUGGCUUGAACUUUGCUGUUUAACUUUAUUAGAGGCACAGAGGCUCACUCUUCAUUCUUCCAACAUUCCCCCACGUACCUGGUGCAGAUGUGGACGCAGCAGUGUGCAUAAAGUGUGGUAGCCAGGCUUACUCACUGAAGUGGAGAGGUGUGUGGAAGAUAGUCAGCAGGCUGGCCUCCCACUGGGUUGGGGGCUUGAGGGAUUAUUUGGCUUUGUCAGGGACUUCGAAUGGUUCCCUAGCCCCUUCCUCAGUGUCCUAGGUCCCUAAGUCUUGAAGCAUCCUCACUGUCUAGGCCCAAGUUGGGGUUGAGGUUUGGUUGCUGCUGCUGGAUACCUACCUCUGUCCCUACCAGGGACUGGGACCAUUUCAUCAGCUAUUUAGGUGGCUGGUCUGGGAGACUGGGGUGAAGAAAGAUUCUGGAGCUAAAAGCUCACUAUAUUUAAUAUUGCUUUCUCUUUGUCUAGUUAUUUCUGGAUAUUGUUCCAGGGCAGGGGAAUUCCUCAACCUGGACCAAACCUGGUUAUCUUUGGGGUGACUUGAACCCAGUGCCAUUCCUUCUUCCUGUUUCCCUUCACCUUUGUUAUCAGCCCACCCCCAUUCAACCUGUCUUGUGCUGCUGUUAUAUGUCCCAGAAAUAGGUGACAUUGUCAUCCCUGUUCCCUACCUCCUGAGAGGAAUCAGCCAUAACUGCCCCUCCCUGUGAAUAUUUUCCCCUACCUACUCCCUUGCCCCCACUUUAAUCUUCAGGAGGAAGAAACUCUGUGUGUGUGUGUGUGUGUGUGUGUGUGUGUGUGUGUGUGUGUGUGUGUGUGUGUGUGUGUGUGAGAGAGACACAUCUGAUAUCUGCCUCCCUCUUAUCUUCCCUCCAGGGCCCUGGUUGAACUUACUCCUUCCCCCAUCUUUCCCCUGUCUCAAUGCAAUAAAAUUUAGGACACCGGCAGCUGCCUUUCUCUAGAAAUUGGUUUUCUGACCAUGUAGCUGAUGUAUCAAGGGCAGUGUGGGUGUCUUCAUUUGUUGCAACAUCUCUCUCUUCUCUUUUUUUUGGUAAAAAAAAAAAAAGGAAAGAAAAGAAAAAUAAUCUUGGAUAUUCCUAUUCUUGCUGUCUCAAUAUAGAAGUAAAUUAUUAAACCUAAAGUGUUCCCUCGUA